AACACACUAUUUAUAAGGAGAGAUAUACUGUAUAUGGCAUUUGGAUAUAUCUCGCCGGAAAGAAGUAGUGGUUUCAGUUCAGCUGUACGACAAAUUACAAUUCUACGACAGCGACGUAGCAACGUUUCCUGCCGAUACAAGGUUUCCGAAGAACACAGAAUUGUGAUCAUGAAUGGAAACAAAGUUACAGGUUUGCUUGUGCUGUGUGCAGUUAGUGCUCUGUUCCUAGCCAGGACAGUGUACGCGUACAGACUGUGUGAGGACAUUUUGAAGAAAUGCAAAGACAGCUGCAAAGUGCUCGUGCAUAGCGAUUGUGAAAGCGAUGAAGAGUUCAUACCUGCGAAAUCGCCAUGCAACUGUUGCGCAUAUUGCGUUCCGAAAGUCCUUACUAUACCACCUAGGCGAAAUGACAACAUCGACCACAGAAAUUAAUUUGGAAAAAGAAACGCAGCUGGAAGAAUGAGCAGUAUGGAUCUACUUCUGUCAUCACGACAUCAACGGUUUCAUACAUGAGUCGAUACUGGAGGAGACACGGAGAUACUAAACCCCAUCUUGGAUGUUGAUACCUUUAGUCGUUAGUUGCUCUUACACUACUGCAGUUUAGUAACCAAUAAAUUUCAGUCAAUUUUUAAUAAAUAUAAUUAGACAAAG